CGCGGAAUGUUUCGCUUGUUGCAACAGUUGCCGUUGUUGUUGUUGCUGUGCUGGUGGCUAAACUACAGCACAUUAGCCGAUGAGGUCUACGAGACUCUGCAUCAUUACACCAACCCAGAGCCGGACCGCAAGAACUUUAUAUGGAAUCCAUUUCCCGGCUUCUGCGGCCGCAAUGCCACAGCUGUGAAUUGUGGGGGAGUUUGCCCCGAAACCUGCGCUUACAAAUCCCUUAAAUGUUUACCUCACUGUGGUGUACCUUGCGUAUGUCGUUCCGGCUAUGUCUUCAGUGAGAGUCUACUAAAAUGCAUUCUACGUAGUGAUUGCCCCACCAAUGUCCAACAACAGGAGGUGCAAACACAUCGUGUGUUCCAGUAAGAACACUUGGAAAAAUUUCAACUAUGGUACUUAUAUUGAUGUAUAUGUAUUCAAUAGUUUGCCCAGUAACCAACUAUAAACUGCAAAGAGAGCUCUGCUAGGACAGAAUUUCUUAUUUUGCAGUCACAUUAUUCGCAGAAAUAAAUAAAUGUGUCAACGAAA